CCCCAGCCUCGGCGGCGGCGGCAGCGGCGGCGGCGACGGCCACGGCCUCGGGGCCCCCCUCGCCUGCAGCCCCCGCCCGGGCCCCCAGCCGCCCCGCGCGCCCCCCACGCUGGCCCAGAGGGCUGCGGCCGCCUCGCCGCUGAGGAUGUCCCGGAAGGGGCCGCGGGCCGAGGUGUGUGCGGACUGCAGCGCCCCGGACCCUGGCUGGGCCUCCAUCAACCGGGGUGUGCUGAUCUGUGAUGAGUGUUGCAGCGUGCACCGGAGCCUGGGCCGCCACAUCUCCAUCGUCAAACACCUCCGCCACAGCCCGUGGCCUCCCACCUUAUUGCAGAUGGUACACACCCUUGCCAGCAAUGGAGCCAACUCCAUCUGGGAGCAUUCCCUUUUGGACCCCGCUCAGGUGCAGAGCGGCCGGCGAAAGGCCAACCCCCAGGACAAAGUCCACCCCAUCAAGUCAGAAUUCAUCAGAGCCAAGUACCAGAUGUUGGCAUUUGUUCAUAAGCUACCGUGUCGGGACGACGAUGGGGUCACUGCUAAAGACCUCAGCAAACAAUUACACUCCAGUGUGAGGACCGGCAACCUGGAAACCUGUUUGCGCCUGCUGUCCCUGGGUGCCCAAGCCAACUUCUUCCAUCCUGAGAAGGGCACGACACCCUUGCACGUGGCCGCCAAGGCUGGACAGACACUACAGGCAGAGCUGCUGGUGGUCUACGGAGCUGACCCAGGGGCCCCUGACAUCAAUGGGAGGACACCUAUCGACUAUGCCAGGCAGGCCGGGCACCAGGAGCUGGCAGAACGGCUGGUGGAGUGCCAAUACGAGCUGACCGACCGGCUGGCUUUCUACCUCUGUGGGCGCAAGCCGGAUCACAAGAACGGGCAUUACAUCAUCCCGCAGAUGGCAGACAGCCUGGACCUGUCAGAGCUGGCGAAGGCCGCCAAGAAGAAGCUUCAGGCACUGAGCAACCGCCUGUUCGAGGAGCUGGCCAUGGACGUGUACGACGAGGUGGACCGCAGGGAGAACGACGCGGUGUGGCUGGCCACCCAGAACCACAGCACCCUGGUGACGGAGCGCAGCGCCGUGCCCUUCCUCCCGGUCAACCCCGAGUACUCGGCCACUCGGAACCAGGGGAGGCAGAAGCUGGCCCGCUUCAACGCCCGGGAGUUCGCCACUCUGAUCAUCGACAUCCUCAGCGAGGCCAAGCGCAGGCAGCAGGGCAAGAGCCUGAGCAGCCCCACAGACAACCUCGACUACUCCCAGCACAGCCAGAGCGACCUGGACGACCAGCACGACUACGACAGCGUCGCCUCGGACGAGGACACCGACCAGGAGCCCCUGCGCAGCGCCGGAGCCACCCGCAACAACCGGGCCAGGAGCAUGGACUCCUCGGACCUGUCGGACGGGGCGGUGACCCUGCAGGAGUACCUGGAGCUCAAGAAGGCUCUGGCCACCUCCGAGGCCAAAGUGCAGCAGCUGAUGAAGGUCAACAGCAGCCUGAGUGAUGAGCUCCGCCGGCUGCAGAGGGAGAUCCACAAGCUCCAGUCCGAGAACUCGCAGAUCCGGCAGCAGUCGGGCCCUGCCCCGGCGGCCCCCACGCCCGGCGAGCGAACAGAGCACGGACACGGGGGCGCCGGCGCGGCCGCCCACCGCCGGGACCGCCAGGCCUUCUCCAUGUACGAGCCGGGCUCUGCCCUGAAGCCCUUCGGGGCGCAGCCCGGGGACGAGCUGGCUGCCCGGCUCCAGCCCUUCCACGGCAGCGACCUGGAGGAUGAUUCCAUGUACUCCGUCCACGCCCCUUCGAGCCUCUACCGGAUCCGCAAGGGCGUCUCCGCCUCGUCCGUGCCGUUCCCGCCUUCCUCCCCGUUGCUGUCCUGCAGCCAGGAUGGAGGCCGCCACAUGAGCAAACUCUCUCGCCACGGCAGUGGGGCGGACAGUGACUACGACAACACUCAGAGUGGGGAGCCGCUGCUCGGGCUGGAAGGAAAACGCUUCUUGGAUCUGGGGAAGGACGACGACUUUCACCCCGAGCUGGACAGCCUGGAUGGAGAGCUGGACCCUGGGCUGCCCAGCACGGAGGACGUCAUCUUGAAAACAGAGCAGGUGACCAAGAAUAUUCAGGAGCUGCUGCGGGCUGCCCAGGAGUUCAAGCACGACAGCUUCGUGCCCUGUUCAGAGAAGAUUCACUUGGCAGUGACCGAGAUGGCCUCCCUCUUCCCGAAGAGACCCUCCCUGGAGCCUGUGCGCAGCUCCCUCCGCCUUCUCAACGCCAGUGCGUACCGGCUGCAGAGCGAAUGCCGUAAGACGGUGCCCCCCGAGCCAGGUGCCCCCGUGGACUUCCAGCUGCUCACCCAGCAGGUGAUUCAGUGCGCCUACGACAUCGCCAAGGCGGCCAAGCAGUUGGUGACCAUCACCACUCGAGAGAAGAAGCAGUGACCAAGCCCCCUCCCCAGCCACCCUCCAGCCCCCUGCCCUCCCCUCCCAGGGCCCAGGGAGCCAGCGCACCUUCCGCACUCGCUCCUCCCCAACUGAGGAGCCGCUGGCACAAGUGCCCUUAAGGCUGCCCUCGUCUCCGGGCGGCCCGAGCCUUGGUGUCCGACCCCCUCUCAUUCUCCCUUCUAGGCAGGACAGGGGUGACGAGGGUGGCUAGGGACUCUCUGCCCACUGGAAGUGAGGUGCGACUCAGGGACAGAGUCCAGACAGUGGGACCCGGCCCCCUCCCACCUCCCCAUUGUAAAUAAGACCUUUCCCUAGCAGAGUUAUGGGUGGGGGUGAGAGCACUGGGACGGCCCCCUCCUUCCCCCCAGUCCCUCCUUCCCCGCCUCCCUUAGGCUCCUUCAGCAAAGGAUCAGGGGGAAGGGACACUCCACGCUGGGGCAUGCUCCCCACACACGCACACCCACCCCCAUGAGCCAGUUUAGUCCCCUUGUGGGCUGAGCGGGGGGCACCCCCUUGUAUAUAGUCCCCCCCAUGUCCCCUUCCCUGUAGCCACCAGCCCCUCUGCUGCUCUCUCUGAUGCCAAACGGCCCCUGCCCUGGGGUGGACUCAGUGCCCGCCUUGGGGCUCCCAGCAGCAAACACUGGAAAUUGUUUUUCUUAAUUUUAACUUUGUGGUAACUGAGUGUCCCCGUGUGCCUGAGUGUGAGUGAGCGGGCGGCAGUGCCGUCCAGCGAGGCUGCUUCCUUUGGGAAUUUUGGGGAGGGGGGUAUUGGGGGGGAAAGAAGGGAAGACAAUGAGGACAGAGAUGGGGAUAGGACGACCCUGGAGCCUCCCUCUUCCCUACCUGGGGCAGAGCCGUGCCAACUUGAGCCGUGGUUGUAGCAACCACAAUCCCCAGCCCUGUGCCCCCUUUUCCCCUACGCUCCCUUCCCAGCAUCCCCUUUUUUUUCUAUGAAGAGGAGCUGUGGCCUUAAAAUGGAAACACCCUGCCCCCUAACCCCAGGUAGGCUGAGGAGGAUGGGUGCUGGGAAGAAAUGACUGCCUGGCCAGAAGGGCAAAGGACCCUGAGCCUGGGGCUGGCUCCCCCGGGGUCCCGAACUCAUCUGCUGGGCCCAGGUCCUUGCCAUCUAAGUCCCUCCUCGUGCCCCAGCCACGUGGGGCCCAGCUUCCACCCCAGGCACCUGCCCCUCGCCAGGGCUCUAGAGCCACGCCAUGCAGUCCUGGCAGGGUGGGCUCUCCGGCUCCUCUCCUUCCUUACCCCUCGGGGCUGGGGGCUGGGCUGGGUCUGUAUGGUGGUGGGUGGGCUGACUGUCAGAUGUGUGUCAUGUACAUUUGUAUCAAAAAUAAAAUAAGUGAUCAUUCC